AUGCCCCGUGACCUGUUCCAACAACAACCACAGGACAAAUCCCCUCCGUCGCCCUCGGCACCGACAAUGUUUUUGAGCGAGUCUCCUAACAAUAUGUCUUCGGGCCCGUCAAGCCCAGACCCUGCCAAUCCCGAGAAAGGCACUACUGAGCAGCAGCGACAGUUCGUCAUCGUGCCGCCAGACCAGUGGUUCCAGGCCCAUCCGCGCUCGUCCUCGCUGCUUCCCGCCAACCUGCAUCCUUAUGUGAGGCCGCUGACCGUCUCGGACGUAGAGUCUUGUGUUGCGCUAGAGAAUGCCGCAUUUGAGGAUCCGAAUGAGAGAGCGUCGAGAGAGAAGUUCAUCUACCGCCUUACCAAAUGUGGCGAGCUCUGUCUGGGUCUCUUCACCACCGUCACCCCAAACAGCAACCCCCCCUUUUCAUCCCCAACCCUCGCAUCAGCGCGGGUUAUCGAGACAGGUCGUCCCAGCGGUGACGUGAGCGUGCUCCUCGCCCACAUUAUCGCGGUUAAAACCACCAGUCAUGUAGUUACAGAUGAAUCCAUGGAUUUGCCGCGGGAUUGGGACGCCGUGAAUCCAACGCCUUCGCCGCUUGGCCACCAGGAGAGGGGGAGGACGAUUGUUUUGCAUUCCGUGGCUGUGGCGCCGGGGUUCCAGGGGAAGGGUUUGGGUCAGGUGCUGAUGAGAGCUUAUUUUGGGUUGAUGAAUGGGGCGGGGAUUGCGGAGAGGUUGGCUUUGAUUGCCCAUGAUCAUAAGGUAUCAUGGUAUGAGAAGCUUGGCUUUACCAACAACGGCAAGAGCGCGGCUCAAUUUGGUGGGGGCGGUUGGUACGACUUGGUAUACGACUUGCAACCGGCAGAGAAAAGGGCUAGAUAUGGUUGA